UUUUUUCUCUACAGUUGAUACUGAGAGAAACUUUAUCAGCCUUAACGCUGUGAACGAAACGAAGCUGGUGAACUGCUAAAUGAUGCAGCCAUAAGACUUUGGACAAGGAAGAACAUAACGGCCCUUAACUUUAUCUUUGCCUCAAUCACAAAGAAAAUGAAGGAGAAUUUGUACACUCCAGGUCUUAACGCUGCACAAAUAUGGACAAAGUUGAACCUGCAGUACCAACUUCAAACUGAAGAACAGUUGCAUCUUCUAUGGCAACAAUACUAUGAUUUCAAACAUACAGCUGGUGAUAACAUGAGGACCAUGAUACAAAAGCUCUCGAACAUCGCUGACCAACUGAGAGAAAGAGAACAGGCUCUCCCUGAAGUCCAACUUAUCUCAAAGGCCCUAGCCACACUUCCAGAAUCCUUCCGGGUUGUCAGAUCCGUUUGGACCAGUGUUCCAGCAGCUGACCGAACCCUUGAUCAUUUACUUCAACGACUCAUCACUGAGGAAAGUGUGCUCAAGUCCUAUCAAAAGGAAGAACAUCCGGAAGAAACUGCGUUCGCCGCAAAUGGAAAUCCGAAAAGAAAGUUCAACCAUGGUCGUGGCAGCCACUCUGGCCAUGGAAAAGAAUAUCAUCAUGGACCCACAGAAGGUUAUUGA